GCAAUACAGUGAAGGCUGCGUUUGCGAUGGUAUUCUUCAGGCAAACGGGAUAGAUACAUGAAGGACGCAACAUCCGUCCCAACUGUACAUACCACCCAAAGUUGUCGUCACCAGCGUUUUGCAAGUGACCGACGUUGAGCUACGCGCCGUAAAGCAUCGCAAACACCUCAGAAAGCCUGACUGCGCCGCAAGGUAGCGUCAUGAGACAUGGCGCGUCGCAAUAACAGGCCGUCGUCUGCUCUGUCAUCGCGUUAUGCCUCAGCGACGCCAGCUUCCGGCAACAACUCCGACCAAGAGAACCAGGAUCCCGCAGCGAAUGCGCGGCCGAAGGGCAAGGCUCGCGCAAUGCCACCACCACCUUCACGCAACAGUCUUCCCACACCAAACUCAGAUGACAGCAUCGACCACCGCGGACAGAAGCGCAAGCGGAUAGAGCUGCGAACAGACGCAACGCAAGAUGACGAAGAAGACGACGCAGAUUCGGACGGUGGUCGGUUCAAGAAGUACUACGAACCCAAUCAGGACGCAGAGUCCCGAAGGCAGCUCAAACGGAAGAGUAGAGCAUUGGAACGCGAGUUCAACGAAAGCCGGGACGAGCUUUUGCGCGGCCGUGCGGACGCGCUCACCACCACUAUUAACCGCGCAAAUAAGAUCUUUGAAACUGUCAAGCAGACGAGUGAUGCGACAGUCGACUCUCGCUUACUUGUCAGUGUGUCAGACUUGGCGCAGAAGAAGACCGCGCACCUUGUGCUCGGAGACAGCAGCGCCGGUGUCGAUGUCGACGAGUUUCUCUCGAAGUGCAUCACAUACAUGCGCAAUGGUGGUCCCGCGAGCACGCAGGCUGAACCCGGUCCAAGCAACUCAAGACGGCGGCGCACGCGUGAUCCUCAUGACAGCGACGAUGAGGACGCCACCGCUGGAGAUGCAAUGGACUGGGAGUUCUUCGGCCGGAAUGCUUGCUUUCCUUACAUCUCGCGCCCUCCGGUACCUACAUUCCUGCUGGGCCCACUUUCAGUCGAGAAGAAGCAGCGCACGCAAACUCAGCGGCGCGCGAAACAGCGGAAGGAUACUGCAGGUCGCGAAGCUCGCCCAGAAGCAUUAUCAAAAGAUGACCUGCAACAAUCAGACGCAAAUGCGCUAACCGCAAUCUGCACACGCAUUCGAAGACAGCUACACAACCAUAUCAGACAGGCCGAAGCGAGCAUCGCACGAGCUGGCUUCACGAAGGAGGACAUGGCGACCGAGCGUGGCCGUGCGAUGCUGAAAAAGCAUCGUCUUGCCACGAACGGGUGUGUGCCACUCUUCGACUUUGUUCUCAAUCCACGAAGCUUUGGCCAGACGGUCGAGAACCUCUUCUACAUCAGCUUUUUGAUCAAAGAGGGCAGUGUCGGCAUCGCGCAUGACGAGAAUGGCUUGCCCACGCUCAAUGCAUCAAACCCUACAUCGCUAGAAGAGAAGCGUGAGCGGAAGAUCAGCAACCAUCAAGCUGUGUUCGCUCUAGAUUAUUCUACGUGGAAGGAGCUGACCCAUGCCUUCGAGAUAUCGGAACCGAUGAUUCCCCAUCGGGAGGACGAACAGCCUACGCAGUUGGGCCAACGAGGGUGGUACACAUAGCAGCGCUGGUCUUCUAUGCGUGUCCUUUGCAUUCGAGGUGCCUUUAUUGAGUUCGUUGAUUUACCAAUUAAGGACCUUUCGCAUAGCACGGCGCUGGAGGCGAACAAGCAGAUACCCGUUCAACUCAUAGAACUCUCACAUUCUUCUUUCGCACCAUGUUGCGGCAUGCUGUGCUAUUGCACUGACUGUUCGAGCAUCAAAGCAUGCCAUGGAAGCAGCGAAGGCAAGACUUCGAGGGGGCGUCAACCUCUGCCUACGAACAUCAAUGAGUGCUAA